AUGCAUUGUUUGACAGGAAUCUCAAUGGUCCAGAAAUAUCACCGCCGUAAUCAGGGAGAUGACGUGCAUGACGAACGACUAAAUAAACAAUUGGAGCACUGCGACCAAACAACGGCCGCCAUAAACAAGCUGACAGAGAAUCAAUCAACUGUCCAACCAAUCACAGCCAGAUCUGCGGGAUACCCGCCAUUCUAUGAUGAAAAUGAUCACGAACUUUUUCGCCAGAUACGUCAGGCCGAGUAUGAAUUUGAUUCCCCAUACUGGGACAACAUUUCAGAUUCUGCUAAAGAUUUCAUCCGUCACUUGAUGGAAAAAGACCCCAAGAAACGGUACAGUUGUAUGCAAGCACUACAGCACCCUUGGAUUGCGAGCAAUACCGCCCUCGAUAGAGAUCUUCAUCCGUUCGUCAGUGAACAACUCCGUAAAAAUUUCAUCGCUGUCCAGCGCUGGAAGAAGGCCUACAAUGCAACAGCCGUGGUUCACAUCCUUCGGCGACUCCAGCUUAAUAAAGAUAGCAAUUCCGGAAAGCGACGGGGCCAGUCGUCCUCCCCCACCCACAUUCACCUGCAAGCUGAUAUCUGGCGACCAGACGGGCAUCGUGAUAGAAGAAUCAACUCCUUACCUCAUCUCAAUUUAUUCAAUUAUACUACAGACUCGAGUCAGCAACGCAUUGGGCAACAAAUUCCAACCAGUACACAAGAAAGAUCCGUAGGACUCACGUGUGAGGAAUGUUGCAAGGGCUGCAAGUCGAAAGCCGACAUGAUAGCCCACCAUCGAGUUCACGACAAUGAAAGUGUUUGCAACUACUCCCACUCCAGUUUGCAUUUCUACAUCGAGACGGUUGUUUUUGAAGCUACAUUGCUGUUACAUGCCCUGCUUCGUCACUCUUCAGUGACUGCUUCUAACCUCAGCUUGGCGUUUGAUGAUAUCUCGAAAGCGUUUGAUUCGGUUUCACAUGACACAAUCGUCAGAUCUGCGGAGGCCUUUGGAGCACCAUCACCUCUAGUUCGAUACGUCGCACAGUCCUAUGAGAAUGCUGUAGCAGUUUUCCCCAGUUCCGAGGUUCACUGCCACAGAUGUGUGAGGCAAGGUUAUCCACUCCCCAUUAUUAUUCAUUAUGGCAAUGGAUGA